UUGUGGAGAUUUAAUUUGCAACAAACUUCGUUUGAAAUGAUUUUUUUUUGUCCAAUGUGUGCAUGGUUAUUCUGACUGCAGCAUUCACGCAAUCGAGGAACAUAUUUUGUACUCAUUUUAAGUUAAUCAUCAGUUCGAAAACAUUUUUAUUAAAAUUUGUGAAGUCAGGUUUAAACUUUGACUUGCGGAAUAAGUUAUAAUAUUUUCUUGUUAUUUCACCUGGCGUGUGUGCUCAAUAGUGCUUUAGGAAUUAUUAUUAUUAUUAAUUUGCAGUUUUCGGUGAAUUAUCACGGCCCGUAUUUGUGCUAUCUCUAACCAGCCAGUGGUUGUGCUGAAUUAUGAAUAAAAGUAACAGAAACGUUAUUAUUUUCGGCGAAUCUGGAAGUGGAAAGAGUUCUCUUGUGAAUCUUUUACUUGGACAAGAGAGAGCCAAUGUCUCAGACAAAGCUGUCGGCUGUACGUUCAAUUUUCAAGAAUACGCGACUCCAAAUUUCAAUGUGUACGAUACUGUUGGUCUCUCUGAAGGAAUGAGCGGAACAGUGAGACCAGAUUUGGCAAUCAAAGAAUUGAUGCAUUUGCUUCAAAGCUUACACCAUGGCGUAGCUCUGUUGAUCUUUGUUAUACAAAAGGGAAGAAUCAAGAAAAGUUUGAACAAAAAUUACAACCUAUUCGUCGACGGACUUUGUAUGAAAAAUGUUCCGGUUGUUCUUGUCAUUACCCACUGCGAAAUGGAAACGGUACCAGGAACUUGGUGGAAUGAGAACCAACAACAUUUCGAGCGAUACGGAAUGACAUUCAGAGCCGUUGUAUCGGGUUCCGCAUUGCAACCGAAAUCUGCACCCGAAAUGAUGCGUCCGGUGGUUGAAGAUUUAAAUAACAAAACUGUCGUUGAACUUCUAAAUGUAAUCAAUUCAAGUAUGUUGGUUACGCCUUGGCAAUUUGCAGGCGGAUGGUUUAACUGGUUCUAUGCUAUUGCUAAGAAGAUUGCUUGUAUGAUGGGGAAAGUUGUGAACGCACAUUAUCAUUACGCUGCCGAAGUCCACAAACAACAUUUGGCUGAAUUUUUUAAAUCGCACGGCUAUAGUUCUGCUGAGGCUGAUGAAAUGAUCCAGCAUUUUAAGGCUGAUUCGACUCCUGAAUCGGAUGAUGAUGAAAGUGAAGAAGUUGUCACUUGAAUAAUUUGUAGAGGUAAGUGCCCUCUUCUGUUUAUGAUCUAGUUAGCAAUCUGAUAAUUAUUGAACUUUCGAAAUAAAUUUGGUUUUUUGUCACAUUUGUAAAUCCUACGUACAC